CACAGACACAGCCACACAGACACAGACACAGCCACUACUGACACAGACACAGACACAGCCACUACUGACACAGACACACAGCCACUACUGACACAGACACAGCCACUACUGACACAGAUACAGACACAGCCACUACUGACACAGAUACAGACACAGCCACUACUGACACAGAUACAGACACAGCCACUACUGACACAGACACAGCCACUACUGACACUGACACAGCCACUACUGACACAGACACAACCAUUACUGACACAGAUACAGACACAGACACAACCAUUACUGACACAGGCCCAGCCCCAGACACCGACACAACCACUACUGACACAGGCCCAGCCCCAGACACAGACACAACCACUACUGACACAGGCCCAGCCCCAGACACAGACACAACCACUACUGACACAGGCCCAGCCCCAGACACAGACACAACCACUACUGUCACAGAUACAGACACAGACACAACCAUUACUGACACAGGCCCAGCCACUACUGACACAGAUACAGACACAGACACAACCAUUACUGACACAGGCCCAGCCCCAGCCCCAGACACAACCACUACUGACACAGGCCCAGCCCCAGCCCCAGACACAACCACUACUGACACAGGCCCAGCCCCAGCCCCAGACACAACCACUACUGUCACAGAUACAGACACAGACACAACCACUACUGACACAGGCCCAGCCCCAGACACCGACACAAAUACUAAAACAGACAAAGCCACUGACACAGGCUGUUCAGCUGGAGCCUCUGUCUAAUCUAGAUACAGAUUUUCCUCCUCCUCCUCCUCCUGCCCUGGAUGAGGACUGGGAUGAAAACGUAUCAAGCAAUGACCUAUCCCUAUCACAGAUCCAGACCGUACUCCAGGAGCCUGAGCAGGAUCGGACGAGGAGGUCGGACCUCAUCUUCAGCACGCAACCACCAGUCACAGCUUAUUGGCCAAAGAGUCCAAUGAAACGAGACCAUUACAAUUACAUGGAAACCACCAUGGUUAGUAGAAGUCCCAUUGUAAAGAGCAAGGACCCCUGUCCCUCCUCAGCCUAUCAGAACCAUGAGAGCAAGGACCCCUGUCCCUCCUCAGCCUAUCAGAACCAUGAGAGCAAGGACCCCUGUCCCUCCUCAGCCUAUCAGAACCACGAGAGCAAGGACCCCUGUCCCUCCUCAGCCUAUCAGAACCAUGAGAGCAAGGACCCCUGUCCCUCCUCAGCCUAUCAGAACCAUGAGAGCAAGGACCCCUGUCCCUCCUCAGCCUAUCAGAACCAUGAGAGCAAGGACCCCUGUCCCUCCUCAGCCUAUCAGAACCACGAGUGCCUCAUUCAGGACCUCAAUGGACACCAGUACCAUCAUAGGUUGAAGACCCAUAGAGAGAGUGUUGACCUCCAGGAGACCAGCCAGGCUUCUCAGAUGGUUGUGAAUCUGAAGGUCAGUGGGUUAGGGAGUAUGAUGCAAGACUCUAUGGACUCUGGCAUCUCUGGUGUCUCCAACUCUGGGAGCUUGAAGCUCAAUGCACCUGAUGUUCUCCAAGAGCCCCAGCCCAUGAGGACUGUGGUGGGGAGGCUAGUGUCUCUGGAGGAGGGGCGUAUGGAGGCUGUGUCCACACCCAGGGGAAAUCUCACAGCAACCCCAGGUCCUGCCCACCCAGAGACAAAAACAACACCCAGAAACAGACACCACCAGACAGAGACAGAACUCGACUCUGAUCCGGUCGACCCCGACCUCACCAUCCAUCCAGACCACCAGCAGUUUGAGGAGGUAGAGGAGGAGCUGGAGGACAUCUGGAACCAUAGCAAUGGCUACAGACAGAGUAUCUCUUCUGACAUCAUGUACCAGCCACACCAAGAGGAGGAGGAGGGGGGAAGUAGCAACACCCCAGGACUGACCACAGACCCCCUCUCACCCCCCCAGGACCAGCCCCAGGCUACCCCCUACAGAAAGCUGAUAACAACCUCUGCCCCUAACCUUCUGGUGGCUGAAUUCACACUCCCCUCCUCCCUCCAAACCCUACUGGGGUACAACCAGGACCAGAACCAGGACCAGGGCUUUAGCCAAGACCCUAACUCCAGAGAAGAGCUCCCUAUGCUGGCUAACAGAGACAUGAGGUCCUGGGCAGCUUUCCCUAUUCAGGACCAACCCUGGAGGACCACAGCAAUGGUCAAUGAAACGGCAGCAGAACCAGUCAAGCUACCGGAAAUGGAGGACCAGAAGAGAUACAUCUACCAGUAUAGAGAGGAGGAGGAAGAGGAUGAGGAGGAGAAGAUGGAGGACACAGGUUGUCCAAAGGACCCAUCAAUGAGUCUGCUGUCUGUCCACAUGGGUCUGCACGGAAACAAUCAGCGAGCUACAAGUUGUGGCACUCUGGAAGGUGUAAUGGAAAAGCAUGGAGAGAGUCUGGCCACAGGGGGGCGAUGUGGCACUAUGAAUGGGAGUGGGUCCGAGCUGCAGACGAUGGAGGGAACUCUGGAGAGGAAACACAAGCUGCAGCUGGGAGGGAAGAAGGCCAGGUCUCGAGCAUGGAGCUCCCAUCAUGCAGUGCUUUACAAACAGACACUCUGCUUCUACCAAGACAGAAAGGAUACACUGAGGAACUGUGGCCUGUCUCUACCCCUGACGGGAGCAGAAUGUGUCUCAGCCCCAGAGAACACUAAGAAGCCACAGUGUUUCAGUCUGCGCUUAAGAGAUGGCUCAGAGUACCUCCUCAACACAGCAAACCGAUUCAUGAUGAAGAAAUGGAUGCUGAAAAUACAAGCCAACAGUGUGCCCAGUGAGCAUGUCUCCUCCAUGAUGUCACCCAGCGACCUCUUGGUUCAGGACGCCCCCGCCCCCUUCACCACCUCUUUCCUCUCACAAAGUACCAGCACAGGGACGGACAGAGCCAAGGAGAUAGUUGUCCUGACCAGAGAGACCAGAGAGACUCACCGUCAGAUCCCUCAGUUGCACCCAGAGAAACAGCAGGACCCAACAUCCUCAUCACAUACAGGCCGUCAUGAUAACUAUGACUCCCUGAGACAGAAACUGUGUGGUAGAUACAUGGAGAACAGUCCUUCCUCCUUGCACUCCUCCAUCUCUCCUUUCUCCCUCCACAACUCCUCCUCCAUCCCUCCAUUCUCCCUCCACUCCUCUGUCUCUCCUCCUUUCUCCUCUGUCUAUAGAGGUGGUCAGGACUGGCUCAGUCAAGUGAACAAGUGUCACUCAUUUACCUCAGCAAGGUACCAGAAUAUUAAACCAGCGUUGCUGCCCCCUGGAGGCAGAGGCCGGGACUACGGAUCAGUGGGUCUGGACUGUGGGUCAAACUACUCCGUGACUAUGAUUAUAGGAGACAAGCAGUCUGCCGCUUCUCCCACUCGCAGUUGUGAUGGUAGUGGUCCAUCUAUCACCAGUCACACUGACCCACAGCGCCCCCUCCUGGAUGGAUGGCAGCACCACUCAUAUCACCAGGACUCUACUACAAGAAGGCAGCUUCACCAGCACCAAGCAAUGUACCACCAUGACCAGGAACCAUCUCUGAGGUCCAGUCUGCCUCCGCCACGCAAGAAGUCUGUCUUCAACAAGUUCUUUGGGAAGAAAGACUGAAGCUGUUAUCAAUCAAUCACAUAUUUCUCUUACCUUUCUUUUGGUAUUUUCUUAAAACUGCAUCAUCGUUGGUUAAGGGCUUGUAAGAAAGCAUUUCACUGUUGUAUUCAGCGCAUGUGACAAAUAAAAUUUUAUUUGAUA